UUGACAACAAACCAAAACGAAGAUAUGUUGAGGCAAAAAAGAAGGCGCAGUUGGAAAAUGAAGUGAUUAGUACGAAGUAGCAGCGCAGGCACAUUUGGAAAAUUAUGCCGAUAAGCAAGAUAAAAUUUGGGAAAAGGCGUUAUUAAAUAAAGACAUAACUGCGUCGGGCAUUGGUCCUGACGUAUAUAGAAUUAAUGCAUUAGAGGGAGAUUAUUAUACAAGCUCAACGUGGUAAUUUAGGUAUACUUACAUACAUAUGUAUGUAUUUACCUGUUACUCGCCUUGCAUAUACUUCAACUGCGAAAAUAAUGACAUAAGUUAUUUAGAUGCAUAUUUUAGCUAAAUGUUAUAUCGUCGCCUAGAUAAAAAAUCGUUGCAUGUAACCUUCGGCAGGUUUCGUGAAAUCCCAAUUGAAGUUUGGAAUGCAAUUUCUCAGAAACUCGACUACAUAUUUUCUCCAAAGUGACGGAGAAUGCUAUGUUAAGUCUUGUUGCACAAGUCUUAAGAUUAGUUACGCACACUCAUAGGGCACACAUUUAGGAUGCGCAUGUCCUCAGCAUGUGGUAACGAUUGUAAGGCCGAUAAGUAGAACAAUAGAAAGUAGCAAUUGUGCGCACGUGCAACGGCAUUGUACACAUACAUACAUAGUGCACAUGCGCACAACAUGACCUAAGGGUUGUUUAGUUGGCAAUUAUAGACAUUACAAUUCAGUGCCAGGGUGUAUGGGAAUAGUCACGUAUGCAUUUCUUAAAUGUUAUGAAAUGCGAUUGGCUUAAAAUGCAAGUGAAACCGUAUACUAUUUUUAUUACUUCCUGGCACUGUCGGUUUAAGUGUUUUUCUAGAUAAGUUAUACAUACCUACUACAUGUGUAGUGCAACACACAUGUUUUAGAUAUACUAUGGUUAGGGUAAGAAUUGUGUAUGUGUAGGUUAAGAGUUUUUGUUAUAAAUAAAGGCUCUGGGACACCAGAGCGUCAGUUAUCUACCAAACCCCCGCGUAAACAGUUGGUGACCCUAAGUGAGUUUUUUUGAAAAGUGAAAUUUUUUUUGUUUCAAAUUAAAAUUGGCAGUAUAAGAGUAGUGGUAAGUAUUAAUAUAUUCAUACAUAUAUACUCUUAGUCUUUUAUCUACAUAGUUUUUUGUGUGUAUUAAAUCCUUAAUAAAAAAAAUUUUAAAGCAAUGGAUUCUGCGCUUAACGAAAAUCAAACCAUUGCAAGCAGAAUCUCUGCUCUGUAUGAGGAAAUAAAAAAUUUUAGGGGGCAAAAUAUUGAAGAGGGACAGAUCCAACGUUGGAGGGGUGUAGUAACCGAUCUGUCUAGGCAAUUUGAGGAGAACGAGUGUAUCCUCAAAGAGGCCUCUUCAACCCUAAAGAGAAACCCUUAUUUUAAAGAUAACCAUGCAGAGCAAAUUAGGGGAUUUUUCAAUAAUACCUCAACUCUAAUUUUGACCAUGGAAAUGGAAGCUAAAGCACUAAAAGAUAGUUUGCAAGCAGCGGGAGUGAUAGCCUCACGACCAGCACCUCAGCCACCUACAUCUAGUCACACCUUAGGUUCAAUCGCUACAGCUCCCAUGAUUUCAAAAUCAGAACGGCAAUUAAAGUUCGUUUUAGAAGAUCUUAGCAAGACUAUUGACAAAUUUUUGGGAAAUAAGAUUCCAAAAGUCUUCCUUCUGGAAAGUGCCAAAGAAGCUAAAAUGAUGUAUCGCAAUUAUUUAGGAGAAUGUGACGAGAAUUGUUUAGAAGAUUUAUUUCUCAACGUAAGUUUUAAACUCGAUGAGGCUUUGGACUUCGCUCCUGAAGAUAAAAAAACGCAGAAUGAAAAUCUGCCCUACACACUGCCAAAAAUAGAUAUUCCGGUAUUCUCUGGAGACUAUAUUCAGUGGAACACGUUUAGAGAAUUGUUUUCCCAAUUAAUAGGUUCAGCCAGUAUCUCGGAUACACAGAAAAUGAUUUGCUUGAAAUCAAAGCUAAGAGGGGAAGCGGCAAUGACGAUCGCGAACCUACCAGCAAAUGCAGAAAACUAUCCAAUUGCUUGGAACCUCUUGGAUAAUAAAUAUACCAACUUGAGAGCGCAAACUGCCAUUCAUUUUUCGAACAUAAUGGGGGCACCCUAUACGACUGAAAAUCUAGAAAGUGUAAAACGAUUGAAAGAAGUGAUUGAGGAAAAUUUGCAAGCUCUAAAAGCAACAAAAUUGAGUUCUGAAAGUAUACUGCAAGGCCUUUUAAGUUUCAUUUUAGUACGAAAAAUGAGUAAUGAUUUAAGAUUGAAGUAUGAAACUUCACUUCAGAACUCACGAGAAAUACCCAUUGUUGACUCAUUGGUGAAAUUUUUAAAUCAUGAGUUUUAUGCACUGCAAGCAGUACAAAAAUCAUCAAAAAAGGAUGGGUCAUCCAAAUGGGAUGACCAUAUUAAAGAAUUGGCAAACAAAAAGGAAAUCGAAUGCAUCAUGGGAUGUAAUAAUCGACAUUUCCUUUUUCAAUGCACAAAAUUUAAAGACCUUACCAUUAAAGAAAAAUGGGAAAAGGUUAGAAAAAAUAACUUAUGCUCGAAAUGUUUAAAAAAUGGACAUUCGAGUAAAAAUUGCAAUGGGUAUAAUUGUCGUAUAUGUAAUGAAGGUCAUAGCACAUUCUUACACAAAGUUAGUAAUGAAAAAGGUGCAGUGACAAAAAGUACCAUUAAGCAAGGAUGCGAAAAUUCAGAAAAAUGCAUUUUGUUAGCUACAGCGGUUGUUUAUAUCCAAGAUGCCAAAGGCAAAUGGAUCAAAGGCAGAGCGCUUCUUGAUAGCGGCUCUCAAGUAAAUUUGAUGUCAAAAUCGUUCCUAAAGAAAUUAAGACUUAAGGGCGAAGCAAUUAAAUCGGCAGCGAUAGAAGGUGUUGGCAAAACACGUUCAAAAAUUGAAGAACGGGUAAAUAUAAAAAUUAAGUCCAGAAUGCAUAUGAGCAAUUUCGAAACAAAUCUAGACGUACUAAUAGCGCAGGAAUUAAUGUCCAAAUUGCCGGCAGAAAAAGCCAUUAUUAAAAAGAUUCCAAAUAACAUUGAAUUAGCUGAUCCAAAUUUUAAUGUUCCUAAGGAAGUGGACAUAUUAAUAGGUUACGAAUUAACCUAUGGGGAUCUCUUUGAAGGAGAAAAAAUUUCAUUGAAUGAAAAUAAUUUAAUAGCCCACAAAACCAAAUUGGGUUGGGUUAUUACAGGAGCUGCAAUGAUUAAUAGAGCCCCAUACAUUUGCAGUUUGGCCUCUUUUUCCGAGCCCACAAUAGAAAACCAAAUAAAACAGUUUUGGGAAAUUGAGGAAGAUAUGGAAAAAGACAAAAAAUUUUCAAAGGAGGAGGAAGACUGUCAAACUAUUUUUACAAAAACCACAACCAGAAAAGUGGAUGGGAAGUUCGGAGUAAACCUCCCCUUUAAAGGAGACAUUGAACAAUUAGGAAAUUCAGAGAUUACUGCUAAAAGAAGGUUCUUAGCUAUGGAAAAGAAAUUGGAGAAAAACUAUGAAGUAAAGUCACAGUAUCAUGAAUUUAUGAAGGAGUAUAUAAAAUUAAAUCAAAUGGAGGCUCUAGCCACUCCAAACCAACUUCAGUUCAAAUGUUAUUUACCUCAUCAUUAUGUACUGAAGCCAGAUAGCACUUCUACAAAAUUGAGAGUAGUUUUUGAUGCAUCUGCAAAAACUACUACAAAUAUAUCAUUAAAUAAUUUAUUACAUACGGGGCCAAGGCUACAAGAUGAUUUAUUUGAUAUUCUGAUGCGUUUCAGAAAACACAAAUUUGUAAUAUCAGCAGACAUUGAGAAAAUGUUCAGACAAAUUUGGGUAAACGAAGAACAUCAAAAUUUCCAACUAAUUUACUGGAGGUGGAAGCCAUCGGAGGCCCUAAAGACAUACAGAUUAAAAACUGUUACUUAUGGCACUGCGAGUGCACCUUACUUAGCAGUAAAAUGUCUACAAACAGCAGCAGAAGAUAAUAAAGAUAAAUUUCCAACAGCUUCACAAUGCAUUCAGUCAGACUUUUAUAUGGACGAUUUGAUGACAGGUUGUGAUAAUCUAACUGAGCUAAAAAAUAUGCAGCAACAAAUAAUUCAUAUAUUAAAUUCAUAUGGAUUCAAAUUGAGAAAAUGGUGUGCUAAUCAUCCUAGUUUGUUGAACGAAAUUCCUAGCGAAGAUCGAGAAAUUAAAUUAGAUAUAACAUCUAAUAAAGCUGAGAAUAUAAAAGCCCUAGGAAUCGCUUGGAAUCCAGCUAAAGAUGACAUCUCAAUAAAAUCUUAUUUAGAAACUGACUACAAAAUUACAAAGCGCCAAAUACUUUCUGAUAUUGCGAAACUAUUUGAUCCUUUAGGUCUUUUGAGUCCAGUUGUAGUGGUGGCAAAAUUGAUACUACAACAAAUAUGGAAAGAAAAAAUCGACUGGGAUCAAGCCGUUACAGGAGAAACCAUGCGAUCCUGGGUACAUUUAAGAAAUCAAAUGAAAUUAUUGAAUGAAAUAAAUCUUCCCAGAUACGCAUUAUUACCUGAUGCAAAAGAAAUAGAAUUACACGGAUACUCAGAUGCAUCCAUGAGAGCCUAUGGCGCUGUGGUAUAUGUAAAAUCAGUAGACAAAUCGGGAAAUAUUAAAAUAAAUCUAUUAGCUUCCAAAUCGAAAGUCGCCCCAUUAAAAAUUCAGACGUUACCUCGAUUAGAACUAUGUGCUGCGGUACUGUUAGUAAAAUUAAUGGAAAAAGUAUCAAAAGCACUUAAUCUAAAAGACAAGCAUAUUUAUUAUACGGAUUCAACAAUCGUCCUUAGUUGGCUACAAUUAGAUCCUGCAAAAUUGCAAAUAUUUGUGUCGAAUAGGGUAAACUUUAUUCAGGUGCAAACCAAAGGGCGGCAAUGGAGACAUAUUGACACAAAAUCAAACCCAGCUGAUUUAAUAACAAGAGGGUUAUAUCCAGAAGAAAUAAUUAAUAAUAGUCUGUGGUUUAAUGGACCAAUGCACUUAGCUAACAUGGAGUCAUACAGAAAAAAAAUUGUCACAAAGCCUUUAACAUCGCUUCCAGAUAUAAAGAAAACUGCUAUAACAGCAGGUGUUUUGGUAAGGAAUUGCUCUUUAAUUGAUUCAAUUGACCACAAAAAUAAUUUUGAAUUCUUAUUAAAUGUGGUUGCUUUGCUUAUCAAAUUUAAAGAUAUUACAUUAAAGCGUCCUAAGAAAGAACUCGAAAUUCAGAAUCACUUAUAUUAUCGAAAAGAAGCUUUGAAUUUUAUUUUGAAAUAUAUACAAACUAAAUAUUUUAACAAAGAACUAAGUCUCCUUUCAGGUAACAAAAAUUUAGAAAAGAGCUCGAAGCUGAUAACUCUAUCACCAUUUUUGGACAAAAAUGGCAUCAUUAGAGUUGGAGGACGUCUACAAGAAGGCAAUAUUCCAGAAGAAGCAAAACAUCCUGCAGUACUUCCAUAUGAAGACACUUUAGUUAAAAUUUUGGUGGAGGGAAUCCAUCAAAAACAUUUACAUAUAGGACCGCAAGGCCUUCUCGCAAUAGUUAGGCAGAAGUUUUGGCCUUUAAGGGGCAGGCAACUCACAAAAAGAAUUGUUAACAAUUGCUAUAGAUGCUUCAGGGCAAAUCCUCGUCCCCUUUUUCAAAUCAUGGGUAAUUUACCAGCAGAUAGAGUAAGAUGCACCAGGCCCUUCUUGAAUACUGGGGUUGAUUUCUUGGGUCCUAUACAAAUUCACCACAAAAUAAGAGGCAAACGAGUAGAUAAAGCCUAUGUGUGUGUAUUUGUGUGUUUCAGCACAAAGGCAGUUCACCUAGAAGUGGUAUCAGGUCUAAGCUCAGCAGCUUUUAUAGGAGCCUUAAAAAGAUUUGUGGGAAGACGUGGUUGUCCUGCAAAAAUAUACUCCGACAACGGAACAAAUUUCAUUGGGGCAGCAAAUAGUUUACAUGAAAUUUAUAUAUUAUUUCAAAAGGAGCAACUCGGAAAAGAAGUCUCCUCGUUCUGUGCUGUACACAGCAUUAAUUGGGUGAAUAUACCAGCUCGAUCUCCACACGUAGGAGGGUUAUGGGAAGCUGCUGUUAAAUCGGUUAAGAAGCAUUUUCACAGAGUAGUUGAAGGCACAUUGACCUUUGAAGAGAUGUGCACACUCAUGACCCAGAUAGAAGCAGUAUUGAAUUCACGACCUCUAACACCAUUAUCGGAGGAUCCGAAUGACUUCCAGGUUUUAACUCCAAGUCAUUUUCUUAUAGGGGAGACUUUAACCACACUUGCAGACAGUAGUGAAAACCAUUGUUAUCACGGGGUGCGGGACCACUGGAAAGCAGUGGAAAGAAAUUCAAAGGAAUUUUGGAAGCGCUGGUCACUGGAGUACCUAAGCGAACUUCAGAAAAGAGUCAAGUGGCAAAGGCCACAAGAUAACUUACCCCAAGGGAGUUUAGUUCUCCUUAAGGAAGAAAAUCUUCCAACAAUGACUUGGAGAAGGGGCAGGGUUGAGAACCUCAUCAUCGGAAAAGAUGGAAAAUGCAGGAUGGUAGACGUAAGGACCAGCACUGGAAUGACAAAAAGAUCAAUAACCAAUGUUUGUCCUUUUCCUACGGAAACGGAAAGAAAUAUAAGUAAAAAUGAGGAAUCCCAUAAGAAUAGGAAUGUAAGGCAUAAAAAUAAAAAUGUUCUAAUGACGAUGUUAACCUUUUUAUUAGUACUACCACUCUACAAUUGUCAAGUAAUUAUAGAAAAAUUUAGGGACAAGUCAGGGAUAUUAAUAGAGAGGCAAGACAGUUUGGGUUUGACGAAGACAUCAUGGGAAAUAAUCAUCCACGUGAACAUGACGGAUUAUCAGCACCAAAUACAGCUUCUAAUGGGAACACCCUCGGCUCUACAAAAACUCGCCAAGCUACUGGACAAGGGAGACUCAGAAUCUCAAAAGGUAGUUGAGACCUUAGUUAAUCAGGUCAUUCAUCGCAUUAAAGAAGUCAACCAAAAGGAUGCACUGAUGAGAUUUAAUGGAAGAAAUAGAGCAUCUAGGUCUAUACUGCCAUUCGUUGGAAGCGUGUAUCAUUCAGUGUUUGGUCUAAUGGAUGAAGAACACGCAGAUGAAUUGGUGGCGACAAUAAAAAGGACCCAUAAAAAUGAAGAAUACUUGCUUAAGCUAUACCAGAAUCAAUCCUCCAUUGAAGACAUAACGCAAGAGGUUUUGAAGAAACAAAAUGAAGUUGUUCGAAAUAAUUUUAACCAAAUAUCGGACUCCAUACAAAUAAUAAAGAAAGCGGCUGAAAAUGAAUUAGCAAUGGAAGGCUUUCAAAACUAUAUAGCAAGCAUUAACAUUGCAAUAGAGUCAAUAGAGCAACUGCAAGGAGAUAUUACGGAUUUGAUUUGGAACUCAAAGGGAAAUUUCAUGAAAAGGAUUUUACCUAUCGACAGAUUCCAAACCCAAAUAGCAACAAUUACGGCAAAUUUAAAUGAUGACUUACAAUUGCCAGAUACCGACCCGUUUGAGCUAUCAAAAAUAUCACGGGUCACAGCCACUAUAAACCAAGGCUUCUGUUUAGUGCGAAUUCAAAUACCACUUAUACAAAGCCAACAGCUACAGUUAUUUGCAUUGACCAGUUAUCCGAUUCUGCACGACGGCUACUUCGUGAGCUUUAAACUCGCAUAUGAAUAUCUGGUAGUAAAUAAGGAGAAAUCAAUGUAUAGUAGCCUGACAGAAACUAAAUAUUCGUAUUGCCAGAAAAUGAGAAGAAUCACGCUGUGUCCCCAAAUUGGACCACUCUACAAUGUAAGAAAGGACCAGUCGUGCGAACUAGAGCUAUUCUUUAAUUCGAAGCAAUUACCAUUAUCAUGUGUGGUGAAUAUAAUGCCUCUGCAAGAAGUUUGGUUGCAGCUUAAAUCCUCAAAUAGCUGGCUGUACUCCGUCCCUGAAGACACAAAGGCAGAAGUCAGUUGCGGCAGCUCUUAUACGGCACAUAUUUUAGUUGAGCAAGGCAUUGUAAAACUGCAACCUGGCUGCCACUUAACAACCGCGAUAGUAAGCGUUUGGGCACACAAGGCACCAACCACUGUUAUUCAGUACAAUAUGCCCCCAAUUAAUAUGAGCAGGAGUUUACCGCUCAUGAAGCACAUUACUAUAAAAGGGACUAUGUUGACAUACUCGAUUCCGGACAUUCCGCGGCCACCAGCCAUUGUUGAUUUCUCAGAAGACAUCGAUUUCCACCACCUGAUGCACUACAGCUCGAAUAUAUCAACUUGGAUCAUUAUCGCAGGAGUCAUCAUGGGAAUGAUCGUCAUCUUUCGGAAGCUAUGUGGUCUCUCAACACGAUAUCUUCCCGCUGCUCUGGCCCUUAGAUAAUAUAAUAGUCGAUAAGAAUAAAUAAGUACAUAAAUAUAAGUACAGUAGGUUGAAUAUUGAGUGGAUUCCUCACAACUCCUAUUUGAAUAAGAAAUAGUUCACCUUUUUUGAAAGUAAAUACUUUCAACGUGGGCAAUAUGUUAAGUCUUGUUGCACAAGUCUUAAGAUUAGUUACGCACACUCAUAGGGCACACAUUUAGGAUGCGCAUGUCCUCAGCAUGUGGUAACGAUUGUAAGGCCGAUAAGUAGAACAAUAGAAAGUAGCAAUUGUGCGCACGUGCAACGGCAUUGUACACAUACAUACAUAGUGCACAUGCGCACAACAUGACCUAAGGGUUGUUUAGUUGGCAAUUAUAGACAUUACAAUUCAGUGCCAGGGUGUAUGGGAAUAGUCACGUAUGCAUUUCUUAAAUGUUAUGAAAUGCGAUUGGCUUAAAAUGCAAGUGAAACCGUAUACUAUUUUUAUUACUUCCUGGCACUGUCGGUUUAAGUGUUUUUCUAGAUAAGUUAUACAUACCUACUACAUGUGUAGUGCAACACACAUGUUUUAGAUAUACUAUGGUUAGGGUAAGAAUUGUGUAUGUGUAGGUUAAGAGUUUUUGUUAUAAAUAAAGGCUCUGGGACACCAGAGCGUCAGUUAUCUACCAAACCCCCGCGUAAACAUGCUAUGUACUAGUUCACGAAAUUCUUAAAUUAUCUUAUUCUUUAGUUUACUGUCAACCAUUUAUGGGUUUAAUAAAAUGUUCUCGUAUACGCCAAAUGUGAUAACAUUUUUUAUAAAUUAACCAUACUUUACACUAAUCAGCCUAAUCGUGGGUCUCGCAAAAAAAAAAUCGCCAGAAAUGUUUUCACCCACCCGUAGUGAAUACACGGAAAAGGAAAGUGAAAAGGUGGCCCGGUUCGAGAAAAUGAAACUCAUGAUAAGGCU